GGGGCUGAGAGACACGGUUGGCCAUGGGCACGUUCGGGUUGACCGUUGUCCGGCAUGGAGAAACAAGAUACAAUAAAGAGAAGAUACUGCAAGGACAGGGCAUAGAUGAACCUCUCUCUGAGAUGGGCUUCCAACAAGCCAAUGCCGCUGGUGUGUUUCUCAGCAAUGUCAAAUUUACUCACGUGUUCUCGAGCGAUCUGCUUCGGGCAAAGCAGACUGCAGCCUCGAUUCUCAGCAAGAGUCAGUUUUGUAAAGAGACUGCUGUAAAAUAUGAUCCAAGACUCCGAGAGCGGAAGUAUGGAGUGGCAGAAGGGAGGCCACUGAGUGACCUCAGGACCAUGGCGAAAGCCUCGGGGGAGCAGUGCCCAUCCUUUACGCCUCCUGGAGGAGAAACCCUAGAAGAAGUAAAAGCACGCAGCGAGGACUUCUUUGCAGAUCUCUGUAGUCUCAUUGUCAGGGAAGUGUGUCAGGAGAAACAAGCUACUGAAAGAACAGCUGGGAAUGACACAGCAAGAGCAGGAGUACAUUCUAGCACCUCGCUGACAAACCACCACGGGAGCCCGGAAUUUCAUUCCCCUUCCAUGGGGGCUACCGAAGAGCUGGUCGCCAACAUACUGGUUGUGAGUCACGGGGCUUACAUGAGGAACUGGCUGAGCUAUUUUGUUUCGGACCUAGAAUGUGUUUUGCCAGCCUCUUUGACAAAGACCGAGCUCUCUUCUGUGAGUCCCAAUACCGGAAUUAGUCAGUUCAUUGUAAAACUUGAGAGCAGAGAUAACAUUAAACCUAAAAUCCAAUGCAUUUGUCUGAACAGAGACAAUCAUUUAGGGGACAAGCAGGCUGAACGUAUUUAG